AUGGACGCGGCCAGAACCUGGAUCUUCCUCCUCAGCCUUGGGGCAGCGGUGGGCGGUCAGAACAUCAGCGCCCGCAUCGGGGACCAACUGGUGCUCAACUGCAAAGGGGCACCCCGGAAACCCCCCCAGCAGCUGGAGUGGAAACUGAACACGGGCCGGACGGAAGCGUGGAAGGUCCUGGCACCCCAGGGUGGCCCCCUGGACAGUGUGGCCCGCGUCCUGCCCAAUGGCUCCCUCUUACUGCCCGCCAUCGGGAUUCAGGACGAGGGCACCUUCCGGUGCCGGGCCGUCAACCGGGCCGGACGGGAGACUAAAUCCAACUACCGCGUCCGGGUCUACCAAAUUCCCAGGAAGCCAGAGAUCUUAGAUCCCGCCUCGGAGCUCACGGCUGGCAUCUCCAGCAAGGUCCCAAGCCGGGAGGCGGGAAGGAACCGGGGGCCACCGACGGGACAAGUGUCGUCGCAGGUGGGGACGUGCGUGGUGGAUGGUGUGUACCCGGCGGGCGCCGUGUGCUGGCACUUGAACGGGAAGAUCCUGAUGCCCGACGGGAAAGGAACGUCGGUUCGGGAGGAGACCAGGCGGGACCCGGAGACGGGCCUGUUCACGGUGGAGUCGACCCUGACGGUUGUCCCAGCCCGGGGAGGCCCCCCGCGCCCCGCCUUCUCCUGCAGCUACGGCCCGGUCCGGGGCCCCGACCGGGCCCUCCACUCGGGGCCGCCCAUCCGGCCCAGCGUCUGGGAACCCCUGCAGGAGGUGCGGCUGACGGUGCGGCCGGAGGGGGGGAGCGUGGGGGCCGGAGAGGACGUGACCUUGACCUGCGAGGCCCCCGCCCGCCCCCCGCCUCGCCUCCACUGGCUCAAGGACGGCUCUCCACUGGAAGCCCCCCCGGGCCCGGUGCUCCUGCUGACCGCCGUGGGGCCCGAGCAGGCCGGGACCUACACCUGCGUGGCCACGGGCCGGGACCAGAAGCGCAGGGAGAGCAGCGUCGGCCUCAGCGUCCGCCUCACGGGUUGGUGCGGCCCCGGUUCGGUGGGCGGCCGGACCCUGGAGACCCUGGCCCUGGUGCUGGGGGUGCUGGGGGCCCUGGGGGCCCUGGCCCUGGUGGCGGGGAUCGUCGUGUGGAGGAGGAGGAGGCGCCGCCGCCAGCGGGGCGAGGAGAGGAAGCCCCCCGAGAGCCAGGAGGAGGAGGAGAGGGCCGAGCUCAACCAACCAGAGUCCGAGGAGGCCGAGAGCAGCCCGAGCCAGUGAGGCGGGAGACGGGAGGGUGUCUGCCUCUCUCCCCGCCACGGUACACGUGCCGCCCCGCCUCCCUCAUGACCGGGCCCGCUGUCACCGCCACCCUCGCGUCAACACACGACACCCCCGGCUCCCUGCCCCCUCUCAGCCGGGGGUCCCGUCCUCCCCCUCGGAGACCUCCGCCCGCCCAAUCCAGCCUCCCACCUCUGGAGGCUCCAGUAAACGUCUGA